GAGUCUUCCCCAUAAAAAAGAAGAGAUCAGAAGAAAAGAAAAGAAAAGAAAAGAAAAGAAAAGAAAGCAAGCAAUCCAUGGGUAGACCUCCUUGUUGUGAUAAAGUACUUGGUAUCAAGAAAGGACCUUGGACUCCUGAAGAAGAUCUAAUCUUAUCAUCUUACAUCGAAGAACAUGGACCAGGGAAUUGGAGAUCAGUACCAACUAAUGCGGGCUUGCCAAGAUGCAGCAAAAGUUGCAGGUUGAGAUGGAGUAAUUACUUAAGACCAGGCAUCAAGAGAGGAAACUUCACUGAAUUGGAAGAAAAGAAAAUCAUUACUCUUCAAAGUUUAUGGGGCAACAAAUGGGCAGCAAUAGCUUCAAAUCUUCCCCAAAGAACAGACAAUGAUAUAAAGAAUUAUUGGAAUACACAUCUUAAGAAAAAGCUCAAGAAGUUUCAUUCGGUAUUACACCCUCAUCAUCUGGGAUCAUCAUCAAAAAGCUUUGAGUUUCUUAACAAAGAUUAUAGGAGAAGUUAUGAUAGAACAAGCUUCGAAUAUCAUCGUUUGAUCCAUCAAGCUUCAUCCUUAAAUAAGUUCAUUAGUAGCACCAUUACUAAUAGUAUUACCUCAUGGUCCUCGUCUACUACUACUACUUAUGCUUCAAGCACAGGAAACAUUUCAAGACUCUUGGAAGGUUGGAUGAGAACUUCUCCUAAUAAGUUGAAAGACAGUAGUAUACUCAAAUUACUGACUACCCAAACAGAAGAGGAAGUACUACCUGGUGGCAGCGAUAACUCCAAUAACGACAACCACAACACUAGCAACAAUAAGCUUGUUGAUGAUGACAAUCUACUUAUUAAGAAAGUUGAAGUCCAAGAAACCUGUAAUGGAGAUGAUUAUCUUAUAUCAAAUGAGGCAGAUUAUUUUGAAUCACUUUUAACAUUUGACUCGACUACAAUACAUGAGUCGACAUCAGCACCUUCAAAGGAACCUCAAACAACUAAUACCACUCUGGAAGAUAGGGUUGAUUCGAUUACAGAGACUAAUCACCAAGGGUUGGUUGAAGAUGAUCAAGACCAACCUCCAUUUUCUUUACUAGAGAAGUGGCUCCUGGAUGAAGCAACUGGACAAAUUCUUGAGGAAGAUCAAAUGGAGAUCUCUCCAAUAUGUUGAUGGUAAUGCUCUUCUUCUCUGGAGCCAUAGGUUCACAAGUUAUGCGCAUGAAGAACGUUCAAAUUGAUUAUUAUGUGCUGCGAUGAUCUACAUAUGGCGAAAAACAGUUUUUAAGUAUGAAUUUGUGUUUUAGAACAUGGUUAUCUCUUUCAAAAAGUGAAUGAUCUACAUAAAAUAAAUCAAGGGCGUUUUUCCGAUAUACACCCAUUUCAAAA